AUGUAUCUCUCCCGCUCAGGGGAGCUGGAGUUCUUUUGCAGACUAAUUGAGCUGGUGAUUGCUACUUGGAUUAUAACCAUGUCUGCUUAUGGCCAUCAAAUGGAGCAGCAAUACUCCGCUCACAGUCUUUCAAGUAGAGGUUCUGGGAGGAGGCAAAGCAGUUAUGUAAUGGACUCAGGGUUCUACAUGUCGUCUUUUGCUUCCACAAUCUUCAUUGGUGCACUUGUAACUGUUGGGGUAAUAUUAAUCACAUUGCUGAUUGCGUUGACCGUAAUGCUGCAGUCUUGCCAAAGUAGGAGCCAUGGAGUCAUUGAGAUUGAAAAACCCAGUUAUGAUUACAAUUACUGCCAGAUCGUCUCUCUGCAUGUGGAACUCAACAAAGUUGAAGCAGAUCACUUCCCUUCAAUUUGCAGGGUUGUUGCCCUUCAAUACAUCAAAGAAGGCCAAUAUGCAAGAGAUUUAAAUUCUACCGUGUGGAUGAUUCAGAAUUAUUUCAGUACCCUAAAACGUGAUGGUGUGGAUGUGGUCUUGAUGGACAUAGAUGACGUUCUUUCUUCAAGUCCCCAGUACAUUAAAUUGUUAGUGGACCGAGAUGAUCAACAUGGUUCUAGUGAUUGUGUGGAAGAGGCAAAGCAGCUGAAGCACAUAUAUAUUUUGAGACUGUACAUGAAACUUCAUGCUAGUGGGUGGCCUUUGAUUUUGCUAUCAAGAAAGCCAGAGAUGCAACUGAAUUCCUCCAUAGAGUAUCUUAUAUCUGCAGGAUUUAGAGCUUGGUCUUCAUUGAUUAUGAGAUCAGAAGAUGAUUUGCAUAUGGAUAGUUGUGACUACUUCUCUAAACAAAGGGCUGCAAUGCAGAGAAAAGGCUUGCGCAUAAUAGGCACUAUAAGCAGUCACAUGGAUGCUCUGACAGGCACAUCUUUAGGAGAGCGUAUUUUUAAGCUUCCAAACCCUAUUUAUUACAGUUUUUGA